GCAACUUCAUUUUCUAAAAUGGCUUCUUACUCGCAAUUCUUGACCAAGGCCCAGGAGGACGAACUCCGCUCCAUCGCCAACGCCAUCGUCACCCCAGGAAAGGGAAUUCUCGCCGCCGAUGAGUCCACCGGAUCCAUGGACAAGCGUCUUAACAGCAUCGGACUCGAGAACACCGAGGAGAACCGCCGCAAGUAUCGUCAACUUCUGUUUACCGCCGGAGCCGACCUCAACAAGUACAUCUCGGGAGUCAUCAUGUUCCACGAGACAUUCUACCAAAAGACCGACGACGGAAAGCCAUUCACUGCUCUUCUCCAGGAGCAAGGAAUCAUUCCAGGAAUCAAGGUUGACAAGGGUGUCGUCCCAAUGGCCGGAACCAUCGGAGAGGGAACCACUCAGGGAUUGGAUGACUUGAAUGCUCGUUGCGCUCAAUACAAGAAAGACGGAGCACAGUUCGCCAAGUGGAGAUGCGUGCACAAGAUCUCAUCUACGACUCCAUCAGUGACUGCUCUUAAGGAAAUUGCCUCCAACUUGGCUCGCUAUGCUUCAAUUUGCCAACAAAAUGGACUUGUACCAAUUGUUGAGCCAGAGAUCCUCCCAGACGGUGAACACUGCUUGGCUCGCGGACAGAAGAUCACCGAGACCGUGCUCUCAUAUGUGUACCACGCUCUCAACGAGCAUCACGUCUUCCUCGAGGGAACCCUCCUCAAGCCAAACAUGGUCACCUCCGGACAAUCAUUCACCGGCGAGAAGCCAUCGAAUGCCGAUAUCGGACUCGCCACCGUCACCGCCCUCCAACGCGGAGUCCCAUCCGCCGUUCCAGGAGUCGUCUUCCUCUCCGGUGGACAAUCCGAAGAGGAUGCCACAUUGAACUUGAACGCCAUCAAUCAAGUGAGCGGAAAGAAGCCAUGGGCCCUCACAUUCUCCUAUGGACGUGCUCUUCAAGCCUCCUGUCUCGCCAAGUGGGCCGGAAAGGACGAGAACAUCGCAGCCGCCCAAGAAGUCCUGCUCCAUCGUGCUCAGGUCAACUCCCUUGCCUCUGUCGGAAAAUACACCGGGGAUGCUUCAGCUGACGCAGCCGCUUCCCAAUCCCUCUUCGUCGCCAAUCAUUCUUAUUAAAUGGCCACGCUCAGGAUCUCUUUUUUCUCAUUUUUUAAAACUAUUCAACGCACGUAGAAUUAUGUGUCUGUAUACCCCUUUAAUUGUCAUUAUUUGCUUCUCUAAGUCUCUUCGGAUUUAAUAAAUCUUUGGUAGAU